AUGUCUGUCAUCGAAGUCGCAGGUCUGGUCCUCGCGAUCAUUCCUAUCAUUACCUCAGCACUUGGAGCGCUCGACAGAGCGCCCGACAAAUACGCAAGACCCGAUAUCGUAGACUCGCUCAAGGCCGUCUACGGGGAUGUCUACGAUGCGAUUGAGUCUGAUCUGAUACAUAUCCGAAUAUUGAUGGCGGAUCUGUGCGAGAGACUGGGUCUCGGUCACAUCAUCGAGACUUGGGCUCUCUCCGCACCCGGUUCCACGUCUAUGCUGUUUUCAACAGUCCAUACGAUCGAGAACGAUUCCGCGCCGGAGUUGCACUCCAACCCUCUUGCGCGACCUCUUGUCUCCGACAUCUGUGCGGAAGUGGAGCCAAGACCCCAGAAAUCCUCGUCCCCGGUUCUGGAAAUUCAUUUCUCGUUAGGAAGCGAUCCUGGAUCUCUGCAAAUGUCUCAGCGGCCCACUGUUCAGGCAGUAUUGAAGGACUCUAUCUCACUAUAUCAGCUCCUCGAACAGCCUGCGCCCCAAAGUGGGUAUUUCGCCCCUCGGCGACUAGGCGAGAAAGACAGGCGCUUCCUGGCGACACGGAUCGCUCUAUACGCUCUACAAUUGCAAGGCACGCCAUGGACCAGUGGGAAAUGGACUGGUCACGCCAUACUCUUCGUUUCUAGGGAGUCGCCCGAGCUGCCACGGCCCUCCAUAUCGAAGAGCUUCCAAAGGUCUGCACAGGCGACUUCCUUGGGAGCAGACAACCAAGCUCAACAUGUCUACAGCCAUCGAUUCUUCCUUGCGCUGGCAACUCUCCUGAUGGAGCUUUACGUCGGAGAAGCGAUGGACGAGGACCCUUCAUCAGCUGGUACAUCACACCAACGCGACUCCCCAGACUUCACGAAGCUCGUGGCUUUACAAAUUUUGAGAGAACGAAGGCAAUCUGAUACUUCCGAUGCUUAUCAGAAAGCUAUACAGUACUGCCUUGCGUCGGCGUUGAAUGCUCAAUUCACGCUGGACAUGGACGUAGACACCGCGAUCGAGGAAAUCGUGUACCCAUUGGUCAGGGAGUACGAGAUCUUCACGGGCCACCCACCCAGCAGGAACGCGGUAGCUCUUGAAGAGGGCUCCAAGUACCGUUGA